UGUGUGUGUGUGUGUGUGUGUGUGUGUGUGUCUGUAUUAGCAGUUCUACCAAAAAAAUUCUACUUCUUAGUUCGAGUUUUAAAAAAAUUGGGAUGCACGCUUUUAAUUGUUUUAUAUUUUCACGCUAUGGUAUAUCAGAAACACGAAUAAAAUGAGCCCAUCAUCGAACAUUCUCCAAACACUCUUUUUUCUCGACGGAAAUGAUAAAAUUCAUGUCACCUAAAACAUGGUUGCAUGUGCUUUUUUGGCAUUUUAUUCAAAAUCGGAAAAGAGCAAGCGUUAAUCUGAGUUCAUAUUCAGAUUCUUCAUUAAAAAAUACGUCGAAAACAAUAUCUUGCUUAUUUUUUAGCUGCGGAAUUGCCCUCCAGAAACUGCAAAAGUAUAAAAAAAAACGUAAAGUAUAAGAAUUUCAAAGGUCGAUUUUCCGAAUUUUUGGCGUUUUUGUUAUUUCGCGGCUGGUAAUUGGAAACUCAGUAACGAUAAAUUAAUUCACCUUUCGGUUUGUCGAGCCCUGAGAGGGUCAAUUUUGUAGUUAAAAAUAAGUAAUAUGUGGUUUUCGAUGUAUUUUUCAACAGGGGAUCUGAAUAUGACUCAGAUUAACGCUUGCUUUUUUCGAUUUUGAGUAAAAUACAAAAUCAGCAUAAAAAGUCACGUUUUUUUCAACAAGAAGUUUAGCGCUUCGGCCGACAAAAGCAAGGUGUCCAGUGUAUCCCCGAUGAUGGGCACAGUUUUUUCUAAUUUCUGAUAUACUAUAGUAAGAUAAUAUGAAGAAAUUAGGAGCGUGCACCCUCUUUCACAGUUUUUUUAACUCAUGAUACAUGAUUUCAAUGCAGUAUAGUAUAGUAUAGUUUAUUCCGUGAAAAUGUACAGUGCUUAUUUAUACACUUUUUAAUUUUAGUUUCCUGCCACUUAUACAUGACAUGAUUUUAAUGCAUUUUUUCAUGUAAAAUAAAAUGGCGCGGUUAGUGCUAUGAUUGAACCCUUACACUUUAUCCAAAUUCAAGAACUUGUCCGAGUUACGCUCUUACGCCGCUAACCUCAUAACGCACCGUUGUUUUAUAAGGGUUUAAAUGAUUUUUAAAACUUUUAGAAUCUGACAUAUAGAAUCUGACGUUAACUCAAUUUCGAAAAAAUGGAGUUACACGGUUAUGCCAGGACGCCACGGAAUAAAUAACUUAGAAGAUCAAGAAAGAACCAUACAAACUGGAGUAAUAACUUGUACUAAAUUUAAGACAGUAGAAGAUUAUACCGAUGGAUUUUUCGAAGACAGCAGUCAAAUGGAAAAUACUACGUUACUAACGAUAGAUAUAAAUCACUAUAUUAAAGACUGGGCUAUUUUUUUCAAAUCGUUGUCAAUGGCAUCUAUUGGAGAAUUAGUUAUGUGCAAAACGCUGCCGGUAGCCAAACAUAUAUUAGAAUUACUUCUGACGGUAGCUUUGAGUGAUACGGACGGCAUGUUGGAAAAUAAGAAGAUAAGAAGGGAAACCCAGUUAUGUCAAGUACUGAAAUUGCUAAUAAAAAACUGAAUGCACGCAUUACUGGAAAAAAAGAUAUUUUUAAUGACUUUCUGGAUUACACUUAUCAUGAUUCCGAUUCAGAGUCUCACGAUCCCGAAAGCUCUUCGUCGAGUCUCUCUGAUGCAGAUGAAAGUGAUGCGGAAAAUCUUGUCGUCCUGAAUAGAUUGUCUAGAAGUAGAACCAAAAAACAAGCUGCAAUUGUUAAUCCAGCAUCGGCAAAAAAUAACGCUAUGGAAGCAGUGGGGUUUGGAUAUCAAAAAGAGAAUAGAAAAAAAUUAAAAAAAGGAAAAGGAGAUCACUUGAAUGCUUACGCAAACGAAUUCGUUGUCAAAAGACAUCUACCGAUGUGGUCAAAUAUUUUCAAUAGGAAGUUUGAAAGGACAAUUAUUAGACCUACUUCGUCAGCCUCUGUUGAAUGUGAAAUAAGAAAAGUAAAGCAUAAUGCUUUAAAUGGACAAUGCAAAACAUUAAGGAUUGAUCGAAGCGUAGAGCUUAUAAUAAAGUACUACGACGGAAAAUUGAGAAUAUUACCAGCUGAAAAUAAUGCUGCAUCUUCUGAUUCUGGUCCUGAAAACGAUUCAACUGUCGAUAGGGAGGCUGAAAUUCUUGACCUUGGUAAUAGCCCUAUUGAGGAAACUACUGAUGAAGGUCAUCAUUCGUAUGAUGAAGCUGCUUACAUUAGUACUGAAAAUGCUAAUAUUGACAAGAAUUCGGGCUCUAACCAUAUUCCAUCGCAAAAUGUAGAAUUGGAAAACGAAAUUGUAGAUGUUGGUCAAAAUAUUAACGACAAAGAAAACCAAGCCAUGCCAACUGUCAACAAAGCUGCACAAAACAUUCGAUCUCAAAGUGUGCACGAUGAAUCUGACAGAAUACAGUGUGAAGCUUGUCUUAAUGGUCACCAACCUCCAGGUGGGCAUAGUUGCCGUAUUUGUUUACGAAAAGUGCAUGCAAUUCAUAAUUGUUCAGUACCUUUAUCGUCUGAUUCGGAUAAUGAAGGAUACGGAAAACCACGUACUUGUUUACCGUGUUUGAGAAAAUCUGCAGCCAACAACACUGAUCAAAACAAUCAAGUUUCCUGUAAUAAUAAAAUUGUAAAAGGCAAUCGAGCCCUACCAUUGCGAGAUAUUUCCUAUGAAACACAGUGCAAAGCAUAUCGGAAUGGACCUAGCUCACAAGCUACUCGUCAGUGUCACAUUUGUUUACGUAAUGUUCAUAUUAUUCCUGAUUGCUCUUUACCCUUUUCAUCUAAUUCUGACUAUGGAGGCGAUGGGCAAUUGCGUAUCUGUAUAUCGUGCUCAAAAAAUCCAGACGUCGACAGACACAUCGCCAUGAAUGAGAUUGAAAAUCAUAAAGGGCAUGCUAUGAGAGACUUGCAAGAACAUCACAAACAAAGGGGUCAAAAAAACUUGUAUGUAUCAGUGAAAGCACUGAUAUAUGCGAACGAGAAUAACAGCUUUAAAAGUUUGUCUCUCUUAAAAAGAGGAUCUGACCCAAAUUUAUCUCUUGUAGUACUUUGAUGCAAUUUUGAUACAUUUGAUGCAUACUUCGAUGAAAAUGCAGCUUUGAAGGAUCCCACAAAAGUAUCGGUUUCGCUGAUAAAUACCUGUCCAAUAGACAGUGCUUUCAUGUUUAUUUAGUUGCUGGUAGCGAUUAUCCGUGGUUUGGAGAUCACCUUAAAAUGAAUUCAAAAGUAAACGAAAAAGGAGCUGACCAGGUAGAUGAUUUGUUUAAGCAAUGCUUGUAAAUACACUUUCAUUUGGAACAAUUACGGCGAAAACGUACAAACUAAGAGCAAUACUAAUGAUAGCUUUUAAAAAUAUCGAGCUAAUUGAUACGGCACAAGUAGAUUGCUCUUGUGAUAUUGGGGAUUUGAUCCAACGUUUGAAAACAAAUAGUCUAAGUCUCAAAAUACAAAAGUCGUGCCACAAUAAAUGCAAUCCUAUCGAGGAUAUUGCAAAUAUAAUUGUCAACAUUUCUAUAUUCAAAAAUAAAUAACUUUUGGAAAAUCAGCUACAAAUGUUGAUUGAAGGAAGCCAGCCAUGUUCCAACCCGCAAUGUGGAUACCUAGAAACAAAGACCGCAGUGGUGGGUGAGUUUAAUAUCAAUCGAUUGUAUUUUCUUCAGUUUUUCUAAACGACAAAAAAAUUAAAUUGCGAAUUUUUUUUAAAUUUGAUUUUUUCAGGACCGUUAAUCACUUUAGAGCUUUACAGCAUGAACAUUGAAUAUUUACAUAUAAAAUUGUCGUCUAUACCUAAAAAUUUGUAAAACAACGGUAAUUAUUAUCUCCUGGUUGGCUUUAUAAACUUCUACGGAAACGACAUUCCAAAUAAUCCUAAUGAAAUCUCAUUAUACAUCAAUCUAUUAUCGACGUAAUAGUUGGAAUACGAUGACCAGGCCGAGAAACCUAAAUUUUUAAAACAGAGCCUAAUCGUAGAGCCAAAAAUUGUUUUUACAUACACCAAGAGGGUUUUUCAAAUCAUGAGAUAGCUAGGCGUUUUAAUAUGGCGCGAACUUCAAUAAGGCGGGUAGUGGCCCUUUUUCAAUAAACUGGUAGCGUUGCACGAAGGCCGGUGUCUGAUCGACCUAGAGUGAUUUCAGAUAGGGAAGAUCAGUAUAUGGUUAAUUUUACUCGAAGAAACCGAAGAAUAACGGUAACAGCCCUUCGAAGUCAUUUUUUGCAUACCUACCGAAGAGUAAUUUCGAGAAGUACCAUAAGAAGGAGGUUACAUUCUUUAAAUCUCAGGGCAGGAAGACCUUUAAGGGUACCUAGACUUCUACCUCGGCAUAGAGCUGAAUGGCGCAACGUUUUAUUUUCUGACGAGUCACGAUUUGGCCUACAGAGUGAUAGUCUCCGGGAAAGAAUUUGGCCAUCGAAAAUAUAAUUGGGGCAGUCAUUCGGAUUAGUGCGGUCGCGAAUAUCACGUAUAGUGCGAAAAAUUUCCAACUUCGUACUUCAGUACAGCAGAUCUACGUGUUUAACGAGGAAUUAAAUAUUUUUUAUUAAUGAAUCAGUGGCGUAGUCGCUCAUCGUUUUUCUGUGUUUACAAUGACAUGUGAAAUUUUAUCAACAUUAUUUAUUUUAAUAUUGAAAAGUAAAAAUAGAAAGAUUAAUUCUUCAUGUAAUAUAGAUGUAAAUGAGAA